CGCAAGACCUACACUCUAUUAGGGGAAGUGGAGGUGUUUGCGAUGGUGCCCUUAGUGUUCCUCUUCAUACCGAAUCGACCCGAAGACUACGGCGUUUUGCCUGACGGAAGAGGACCAAUUAUAGGCCUUGAAGAUGAAGUCGGGAGUGGGUGGAAGUUGCGUAGAGGGCUGAAGAUGGGGAUCAAAGGGGCUGUAGGUGUUAAGAAAGAAGUUGAUUAUUUUCACUUGCCCGUUGAUGUACAUCGGAAGAAGAUUAUACCAGAGCAGCUCUUUAUAGCGCGCAUGGAGUGCAUGGAGCGCAGACCCAUAUGGGACGCAAGAAGCGCCUCCUUUAGCUCCAUGCAACUCCAUGCGAUCCAUGCACUUCCAUGCCAUGCGAGCCGGCGAACCUUAUCAAUUACUCCGCUAUAAUAAUCUUCGUGAGCUGCAGUUGCCUUGCGCCCAUUAUGUUUUCUCGGUCUAAGUCUUGCUCUAACUACCACGCGUCGCAGAAAGCACCAAGAGCAUCGUCCAGAAGGGAUCAUCGUACGCGAAGCCGUAGGCGGAGAAGGAAACCGCAUUACCGAGAAGUCCAGGACCCAGCGCAAGACCCAGAUAACCGGAUACUCCAAAAUGUUGGAGCAAAAGGUAGAUUUCGGCAAAAGUUCCUGCUAGAAUCGGACGGGGAGAAAGACCAGAAGCCUGAGCAGGAAGUGAAGAGUAAAGAUACCAACAGCAAUAGUGGCAGCCUACCCGAAAAUGGAAAUAAAGCUGCAGUACUAGUUCCUGGCGCGCAAGG